GAUCUGGAACAACAUUCCCCCGACGCUCGGAUCACCAAAAUCCAUAAACCAUGUCACCAACUCCAUCAAUCAAGAGCUUACAGCUUGCUCUCCAACCCACCAAAUACGAUCCCAUUGCAUUACCCAAUUCCGAGCUCCUUACCGGCGCCGUCGAAUAUCCCACUCGAAAGUCAAGCCUAGCCAAUCUCCCUCCCGAUAAGAAACCUACCACCAUGACUUCCAGACUCGUCCUCGUAAUCGGCGAUUUGCACAUCCCAGACCGAGCUAUUGAUGUUCCUCAGAAGUUCAAGAAGCUUCUGACCCCGGGAAAAAUUGGCCAAACUCUCUGUCUCGGAAAUCUCACCGAUCGUCAAACCUACGACUAUCUCCGCUCCAUAACCCCCGAUCUGAAGAUCGUUCGCGGCCGCUACGAUACCGAUGCUACCUCUCUUCCACUCUCCCAAGUCGUGACACAUGGCUCUCUUCGCAUUGGCUUCGUUGAAGGCUUUACCAUUGUUGCGCCCAACGAGGUUGAUUUAUUGACUGCCGAAGCCAAUAAAUUGGACGUUGAUGUAUUGUGCUGGGGAGGAACUCAUAAGUUUGAUGCCUUCGAACUUGACAAUAAGUUCUUCAUCAAUCCCGGAAGUGCGACUGGUGCAAUGACUACGGGCUGGAUGGAGCCGGGUGAGGAGAUCGUUCCUAGUUUUUGUUUGAUGGAUGUUCAAGGUCUCGGUCUCACCCUCUACGUCUACCAACUGCGCACCAGCGAAAAGGGCGAAGAAUCCGUCUCCGUCGAGAAGAUCUCCUACACCAAGGUCCUCCCUCCCACCACUGCCGCCUCCAGUUCCACAUAAUGAUACCCCUUUUCUCCAUCACAUUUCCAUUUAAAGAAGUGCUUUUCCUUCUGCUUUCCCCUGCGGUGGCCAGUUACAAAAAAAAGUUCUUUGGCAUUUACGGUGUUUGGGGAUCUUGAUCUUUUGCGGGAUGGGGGUACAAUUGAUAUGAUAUGACAUGAUAUGAUGGCAUAACGAUAGACUAUGAUUGCUGGAGAGAGAAAUACAUGCACAUAAUACCGAGUAGCUAGACUUUUUUUUCUCUUAUUUCAAAAAAGAAGUCUUGCCAUAUUCAUCCAUAGAGGUGAACGAAUGGACGCCUGCUGGAUAUCAGAUUAAUAGGAUUGCGUGCGAUACCA